AUGUGUUUCAGCAUUAGUCCAUCACUGGCACAAGAUGGACCGCUGCCAUCUUCUCUUGAAGAGUGCAAGGCUACAGAUAUUGCCUUCUUAUUGGAUGGAUCUGGAAGUGUGGGACGUGACCAGUUCAGGACCAUGAAAACGUUUGUGAAGAAUCUGAUCAGAAAACUUCUGACGCAGAACACCAAAUUUGCCUUUGUACAGUACUCCACCUCCUGCACCAUCCACACGUACUUUAACCAGUUUCAGAGAACAGGAUGGGAAAGUCAGGUGGACAAUAUCCAUCAGUUUGGAGGAUGGACGCAUACUGCGAGUGCCAUCCUGAAAGUUGUCUAUUCGGCACGAAAUGAGCUCAGGAGCAUAGCGUCCUCACCAAAAUCAGACCACAUGUUUAGAGUGGACAGCUUUGAGGCACUGGACAAAAUUAGCAAUACCCUGGAAAAGAGCAUCAUUGCCAUUGAAGGAACCCAAACCACUGGUGACUCCACCAAUAUGGAAUUUGCCCAGAAUGGAUUUAGUGCAGCUCUUGUGUCCAGCCCAGAUGAGAGGUUUCUAGUGAGUGUGAUUGGGGCAAAUGGGUGGAGGGGGGGUUACCAGGACAUCCCUCUGUCCAGCAGGACGCCCAGUUUUAGGAGGGUUGAUGAGGUCACUCCUGACAGCUAUCUGGGCUAUUCAAUGGCUGUAGCAAGCAGAGAGAGACAGAACUACAUCGUUAUGGGAGCCCCCAGGUAUAAACACAAGGGAUUGCUCAUGGUCUUCUUUCCUGCAGGCAAACCAAAGAUGCUCAAACAGUCUCAGAUCGGUGCUUACUUUGGAGCAGAGGUGUGUGUGGUGGAUUUGGAUGGAGACUCCAACACUGAUCUGAUUCUGGCGUCUGCACCCAUGCACACAGAAGGAGGAAGAGAGGGGAAAGUGUUUGUCUAUAAAUUCACCAAGGAGCACAUUUACACGCUGGUGUCUGACGCUGGUGUGUCCCUGCUGGGGAUGGAGGGUCAGAGGGGAAGGUUCGGCUCGUCUCUGGCCAGCCUGGCAGACCUGAACGGGGAUGGGAUCAGGGAUGUGGCAGUGGGAGCUCCUCUGGAGGAUAACGGACAGGGCAGCGUGUACAUCUUCAACGGGAGGAGACGAGGAGUGAACCCCAACUACUCACAGAGGAUUUCAGGUUCAUCGGUGCGGUCCGGACUGCGGUUCUUUGGUCUGACUGUGGCCCAGUCUGCUUUGGAUCAGAGUGGAGACGGGCUGCCUGACAUUGCAGUCGGGUCCAAAGGAGCGGUUCUGCUGCUCAGGUCCAGUCCCAUUGUAUCUGUAGACACAAGCAUGAUGCUAAGCCCAUCCAAAAUCCCCGUGUCUAUCUACGACUGCUCCAGUCCCCAGCAGAUCAACGCGUCUGUGUGUUUUACCAUGACCAAAAUCACCAAAGACAGCUUUCCAGGUCUGCAAGCAGAACUCAAUUACACACUGAAGUUGGAUUACCUACGUCAAAUGUUUCGAGCCUACUUCAGCGUCGAGGAGCGGGAGAGGACCCGUGAGAUGACCUUAGCUCUGGGGGAGCAGUGCUUCCCCCAUUCCUUCUUUGUGCAGUGCUCCCCAGAGGAUGUUGUGAAUCCUGUGGACAUCCAGGUGACCUUCUCCUUCCAGGGGCUUCCUAUCCAGUCUGCAGAGGAGCUCAGACCAAAGCUGGCCAGCAGCUCCUCCAACACCUCAGACCACAAGUUAAACUUUGAAAUUGACUGUGGAGAGGACAGAGUGUGUACUGACAACAUCCAUCUCAACUUCAACUUUUCUGGGUCCUCUACCCUAGAGGUGGGCAUUGCACAGGAGAUGAGUGUGACGGUGAUGGUGGAGAAUAGAGGAGAAAACUCCUACAACACCCGUGUGUCUCUGUCCUACCCUCACGGCCUCUCCUACAGGACCUUGACCAAGACCCAGGGCAGAGUGGAGUGCAGUUCUAUAGACAGUCCAGAUGGAUCCACCCAGGGAAAGACUCACUGCAGCAUCAACAGACCCAUCCUUAGGGCUGAUCGUAAGGCGGUGUUUGUAAUUCUGUAUGGAGUUGACAGUAGUAGUCAGUUUGAUGAAACAGUCACCAUUGAGGCCCAGGCUUCCAGUGGAAAUGAUGUCCACUCUAACGACAGUGAGCUAACCCAGAGCAGGGAGAUAGGAGUCAAAUACAGCAUCUACGUCAUCAUUAAAAGGCUCGCGAACACGACCAACUACAUCAACUUCACCGCUGGGAACAACGACAUGCAGAAAACAGUGAUGCAGAAUUUAGAGGUGACAAACAUCCUUAAAGGACUCAAUCUGACUGUUGUAAUUCAAGUUCCAGUAAGACUUCAAGGCAAAGACAUCUGGACCGAUGUGGACAGCCUUAGGAUCAUGGGUUGCACUAGAGGGGGUGAGCUGGAACCAAACGUCACUGAUUUUAAAGAGACCCUCCUGAAGAACAAAGAACCUGUUGUGAACUGCUCCAUUGCUGUGUGUCUGGAGUUCAGGUGUACGUCAUACAUGACUAGACACACCCGCAGAGUUUACCAAAUCUCAGGGAACGUGAGCUCAGGAUGGAUUGAACAGACGGGACUGCGUUCAGCUUCGUUCCAUUUGGUCAGCUCUGCCAUGCUGGAGUACGACAACAACAAAUACAUCUUCUACUCCUCAGACUCCUCACGCCUCGCACCUGUCGCCAAGAUCGAAACUCUUGUGGAGGUCUAUGAGGAGCCGGAUCUAACCAAGGAGAUCAUUGGUGGAUCUGUUGGUGGUCUGCUGCUAUUGGCUAUCAUGACAGCUGUCCUUGUCAAGGUGGGCUUCUUCAAGAGUCGCUACAGUAAGUUGAGAGAAGCAGAAGCUAAAGCUCAGGCUGAGAGAACAACAACAAAAUGAAAGUGUGUGUGAGGCAGA